GGUUGGCGUGCGCCUAGCGUCCGAUGGUGGAUCAGUUGGGUGACUUCGAGGACCACUUCUCGCGUCAGACUAUAGGGCCGACUAUUGUUAUUUAUCAUCUGCGUUUGUCCCCGCCUCAUGCGCAAUUUUCCUCUUUUCUUUUUCACCUACUUUCUUUUUUCACAUUGCCUUACUGACAUUGCGGCUUGACUGGGGCUCUUGCGCGUCCUCGCUCUAUAUUAACCCUAUCUACUCCUGCGUGGCUGUCCCUUCCAGAAAGUACGGGGCCGGCCGAUACCAGUAGGAUCCUUAACUGUGAUACCUUCUUUUCUCUCCUUCUCGACGGUACCCGGCGCAUAUUACCUUCGCCGACUACAGCUUCACAAUGUCGACUUACCCUGUUGCCUACAAUGGGACCGGCGUGAACGGUGGUGACUCCCUCAGGGAGGAUCUCAACAUCUACUACAGUUCUGGUGAUAUUGCAUGGGUUAUUACCUCAACCGCGCUAGUUCUUCUAAUGAUACCGGGUGUAGGAUUCUUCUACUCCGGUCUCGCUCGUCGGAAGUCCGCCCUCUCCCUGAUAUGGCUUUCAUUGAUGUCUAUCGGUGUGGUCUCAUUCCAAUGGUUCUUCUGGGGUUAUUCGUUGGCCUUUUCCCACACUGCCGGAAAGUACAUUGGUAACUUGGAUAACUUUGGGUUCAAGGGUGUCCUGGGCGCUCCUUCAGUGGGCUCAACCAAGGUCCCCGAUCUUCUGUUUGCUGUCUUUCAGGGAAUGUUUGCUGCGAUUACCGUUGCACUUGCCGUUGGUGCCGUUGCAGAGCGUGGUCGUAUGCUUCCCUGCAUGGUUUUCGUCUUUAUCUGGAGUACCAUCAUCUACGACCCCGUUGCAUGCUGGACCUGGAAUGCUUCUGGUUGGGUCUUCCAGUUAGGAGGCUUGGACUUUGCUGGUGGCACGCCAGUCCACAUUGUCUCCGGUACGACGGCUCUGGCCUACUCUUUGAUGCUCGGCAAGCGUCGUGGUCACGGAACUCAUGAGCUCAACUAUCGCCCUCACAACGUUACUCAUGUUGUGAUUGGCACCGUCUUUCUUUGGGUUGGCUGGUUCGGUUUCAACGCCGGCUCCGCCUUGAGCGCUAAUCUGCGUGCUGUGAUGGCUGCUGUAGUGACAAACUUGGCUGCUUCUGUAGGUGGUGUCACCUGGUGCUUGCUCGACUACCGUCUAGAAAGAAAGUGGUCAACCGUUGGCUUCUGUUCCGGUGUGAUUUCCGGCCUUGUUGCCAUUACCCCCGGUUCUGGCUUCGUGACUCCCUGGGCUGCGUUUAUCUUCGGCGUUGUCGGUGCUGCUGCUUGCAACUUCGCGACUAAAGUCAAGUAUCUCAUCCGAGUUGAUGAUGCUCUCGAUAUCUUCGCUGUGCACGGUAUCGGUGGUCUUGUCGGUAACCUCCUGACCGGUCUCUUCGCAGCUGACUACAUUGCCCACCUGGACGGCUCUACCGAGAUCGACGGCGGCUGGAUCAACCACAAUUACAUCCAACUCGGCUACCAACUUGCCGAUUCCGUCACCGGCAUGGCCUACUCCUUCUUCGGCAGCUGCAUCAUUCUCUUUAUCAUCAACAUGAUCCCCGGCCUUAGCCUGCGCGUCCCUGAAGAAGAUGAAGUCCUUGGUAUCGAUGACGCCGAAAUUGGCGAAUUUGCUUAUGACUACGUCGAACUCACCCGCGACGUUAUUAACGGGACCACUGAGCCGAUGGACGGCGCAUCCAAGCGCAGCACCACUCCCACCGGACCCGUCGAACCAUCCCCUGCCGAGCUCAAAGCGUAAUGAAUCACCUUGUCUCCCUUCAUUAGAUCGAUGCCAUGAGUUUCUGGCAGACGGACGACUAGCCAUCGAGUGGUGAUAUGAUUGUCCUCUCAAGCCACCGGUCCUAUCUCUAUUAUAUUAGACCGGCUUGUACAUAUUGAACACAUUCCCUUUCUAUCUCUCUUUUGAUGUCUCUCUAACACUAGGUUAUAUAAUCGUGCCGCUUUACAUGCACUACCUGCUCACGUUCUCUUACCAUUGCCCACGGUCAUACACUUGAGGUGUUUUGCUCUAUACCCUGCCCGACACUACCUCAUUGUUCUUCUUUUCUUCCGGUCUAAAUCUUUUCUAACGGAUACCCACCCUUGAUGGCAUGC